AAUUGCAAGCGAGCUGAAGCAGGGACAGCAUUCGUUAAGGGGGCAGCUUCCAUCUUUCUCGUCGCUGCCUCCGCCGUAGUUCACUAUCGCUGCCUCCUUUGCCGUAAUCCACUAUCGUUGCUGAUUCGGGGCUAGUAGUUUGGUUCGGGAGUGUGUUCCAGAUUCAUAUUUGAAAAUUUGAAGUCUAGAACAAUAUGGCGGGUGGGGAUCCUACUGAACUGAAGGAGGAGGUCCCAGAGUUGGUGCCCUUCGAUCCAACUAAGAAGAAGAAAAAGAAGAAACCCGUGGUUCAGGAUCCUGUUGAAGAGGUAGACAAAUUAACUGAGAAAACAGAAAAUUUAACAGUUACUGAAUCAAGCGAACCUAGCUUUGUUGGCUUGAAGAAAAAGAAGAAGAAACCUGUUGAGACUAACUUCCUGAAUGAUGAAAAUGAAGACCAAGACCAAACCGGUGAUCAAGUUGGGGAGGAUGAGGAAGGAGAAGGUAUUGUCCUUGGAGUUAGUCGAUACCCUUGGGAAGGAACUGAUCGUGACUAUAUAUAUGAAGAGCUUCUGGGUCGAGUAUUCAAUAUAUUACGUGAGAAUAAUCCUGAUCUUGCUGGAGAUAGACGUAGGACUGUGAUGAGGCCUCCACAAGUUCUUAGAGAAGGAACCAAGAAGACAGUUUUUGUGAAUUUUAUGGAUCUGUGCAAAACGAUGCAUAGGCAACCAGAGCAUGUUAUGAAUUUUUUACUGGCUGAAAUGGGAACAAAUGGAUCACUUGAUGGGCAGCAGAGAUUGGUUAUUAAGGGAAGAUUUGCCCCAAAAAAUUUUGAGGGAAUCCUUAGAAGAUACAUCAAUGAGUAUGUAAUAUGCAAUGGCUGCAAAAGUCCUGAUACCAUACUUUCAAAGGAGAACCGAUUAUUCUUUCUUCGCUGUGAACAGUGUGGCUCUUCGCGCUCAGUCGCACCUAUCAAAGCUGGUUUCGUUGCACUUGUGAAGCGUCGGAAAGGCACUUAAGCUGGUUUCGUUGCACUUGUGAAGCGUUGGAAAGGCACUUGAGCUGAGUGCACCUAUCAAAGCUUGUUUCGUUGCACUUGUGAAGCGUCGGAAAGGCACUUGAGCUGUGCAUUCAACCUGUUUGUUUCUGCCUUUCACGAACCAAAAAGAAAAGAAUUUCUCCAGAUUUGUUUCCCUACAGUUUGGAGCUCGACAUUAUUGCAUCUGUAGCCUGUUCACCAUCAAUUCAACAGUAAUUAAGUAUUUGCCUUGGUCCUAACAAAAAAAGUAAAUACACUGGCAGGAUUUACCAGUUUGUUAAAAUUAUUUGAAAAUGUUCUGGUUU